AUGCGCUGCUGCGCGAAGCCCAAAGUGUCUGCGGAGCCACAGGAAGCCGAGGAAGCUGAGGCCGCAGCACCGACAGAGACAGCUGAAGCGCCUGAGCAGAGGCUGGAGAUCUUUUCUGCCACCACUGGCGAGCUAUUGGCGACCCUGACACUGCCGGUACACAGCCUGGCGAAAGAUGUGAAGGCCCAGCUGGAAGUCGUUUUGGGCAUCGACCCCGAACUGCAACAAUUGCUGGCCGAUGACGCCUUGCUACCCGAGGAUCAGCCGCUUGUUGGGCCGCUGAAGCUGGUGCGCCUCGCACCGACCUAUAACCAGGUGAGAGCGCACGAGGAGGACCCCAGUUGCGCUGACCACCCCAAUGUGGCCACAACGCAGAACGGUCUGGCUGAGGCUUUGGGCGAGGCCGGGGAGGUGCGUGAGGAGGGCGACGAGACCUCCUACCAGGUGCACCUGGAGGUGGUGCUCCCAGAGACCGGGGAGGUUGGAGGCACCCAGCUUUUCUGGACCGAGAUCACCAACGGCCUCGGGCAGGUCACGCUCUUCAGCUGCUAUGCCGAGCCAGGAUCCAAAGUUGUCCUGGACCUACGGGACACGCCUUUCUCGCCUACCCUACCAAAAGGGAAAGUUUGGGUGCCGGUGAUCUUCCCCGGAGGCCCCAAGCGGAGGUCCAUCUUCACGCUAGGGAAGGGUCAGCCGCCUCGUGGCUUCGUGUCCCUGAGCUGCUUGAGACGGCUGCCGCAAGAGGAAUGGACCUGGGAGCGAGUGACUGCACCAAGACUCUACCGGCUGGCCUCUUAG